AAAAAACGGAGGGUGCUGAUAAACCUCAUUCUCUCAUCUCAGUCGUCUCCUCUCUCCUCUCUUCUCCAGCGUCCGAUCCUCCAUUUCUUCCGACUCCAUCCAAAGCCUCUCCCUCUCUCGCGCCCAUUUUUCUUUAACAAGUGCUUCUUCUUCUAGGGUUGCGAUGGCGGAAGUUCCGACGAGUCCGAACGGAGGCAGCUACGACGAGAGCGGCGAUCAGAGCCCGCGCUCCAACGUUCGCGAGCAGGACCGGUUUCUUCCGAUCGCGAACAUUAGCUGGAUCAUGAAGAAGGCUCUCCCCGCCAAUGGAAAGAUCGCCAAGGACGCCAAGGAAGCCGUCCAAGAAUGCGUCUCUGAGUUCAUCAGCUUCAUCACCGGCGAGGCUAGCGAUAAGUGCCAGAGAGAGAAGAGGAAGACUAUUAAUGGAGAUGAUUUGCUUUGGGCUAUGGCUACUCUAGGGUUUGAAGAUUACAUCGGUCCACUCAAGAUUUACCUCGCCAGAUAUAGAGAGAUGGAGGGUGACACCAAGGGAUCAGCAAAGGGUGGAGAAUCAUCUGCUAAGAAAGAUGUUCAGCCAAGCCCAAAUGCUCAGAUUGCUCAUCAAGGUUCUUUCUCACAAGGUGUUAAUUACGCAACUUCUCAAAGUUGUUGGUUCACAAUGACUGUGGAGGACCAAAGGGGUGGCGUGGUGAGUAAAGAUGUGAGUCAUUAUGACAAGUUUCAAGUGGGUAUGCGUGUUUUGGCUGUGGAUGAUGACCCUAUUUGCCUCAAAUUGUUGGAGACUUUGCUUCGAAAAUGCCAAUAUCAGGUUACAACGGCCAAUCAAGCGGUCAUAGCACUGGAAAUGUUGAGGGAGAAUAUAGACAAGUUUGACCUGGUUAUCAGUGAUGUGAAUAUGCCAGACAUGGAUGGUUUCAAGCUCCUUGAGCUAGUGGGCCUUGAAAUGGACCUUCCUGUCAUCUUGUUGUCAGCUCAUAGUGAUACCAAGCUUGUGAUGAAGGCACUUAUUCAUGGUGCUGUUGACUAUUUGUUGAAACCUGUUCGGAUUGAAGAGCUCAAAAACAUAUGGCAACAUGUAAUCCGGAGAAAAAAAAUCGACCCCAAGGACCAAAACAAGUCACCCAAUGAAGACAAGGCUCGUCAGGGUAACAGCGAGAGUGAACAAGGGGCCUCAUCAUUGGGUAAUGAAGAAGAAGGUGAUGAAAAUGGAAAUGACAGUGAAGACCCAUCGUGCCAGAAGAAGCCACGGGUAGUUUGGUCUGUAGAUCUGCACAGAAAGUUUGUGGCAGCUGUAAAUCAAUUGGGACUUGAAAAGGCUGUUCCUAAGAAAAUUCUUGGCCUGAUGGAUGUUGAAGGACUUACAAGGGAAAACGUGGCAAGCCAUCUGCAGAAAUAUAUGCUCUACCUGAAAAGAAUCAGUAGUGUGGCAACUCAGCAAGCUAAUAUGGUUGCUGCAUUGAGGGAGUUUCCUCAGUCUUCGUCUUUGCUGUCGCUGCAGCCAGAGAGGAAGAAAAGUGCUGAGACUGAGCUGGCAAAGGAACUGGAUCUGAUGGAGUUGACAGCAGAUGAGGGGAUGGAUAGGGAGUCGCAGGCAUGUAAGGAACAGGAAAUGGGCAAUGCAGCAUAUACUAAGAAUGAUUUCGAUACUGCAAUUGCGCAUUAUACUAAGGUGAUGGUGUUGGAUGAUGGGAACAUUUCGUGUCUCAUGAAUCGGGCUGUUGCUUAUCUGGCAAUAGGACAGUAUGAUGAAUGUAUUAAAGAUUGUGACGAGGUUGUUGAAAGGGGAAGACAACUUAAAUCAGACUCUAAGAUGAUUGCAAUAACUUUGAGUAGGAAAGGAACUGCCUUGGUGAAAAUGGCAAAACACUCAAAGCACUAUGAACCUGCUAUUGAGACCUUCCAAAAAGCUCUCUCAGAGCAUUGCAUUCCUGGAACAUUGAAGAAACUAAAUGAUGCUGAACAAGCAAAGAGGGAACUAGAGCAGCAAGAAUAUUUUGAUACAAAAUUAGCUGAUGAGGAACACGAGAAAGCAAGAAGUGAAGGACAAACAAAGUUAGAUCCUCAAGGAGUGUGGCUUGAUGAUAGAGCAGUUGAGAUGAAUCAGAUGACAUCUAAUUCAAGUGUAGAAAUGAAAUUUGAAAUUAAAGAAAUUGGGUAUGAAGCUUCACAAAAGCAGCCAGAGUUUAUACAAGAUGAGGAAAUGGAACAAGCAAUAAGUACUCUGAAACCUCUUGAAGUGGUGUUUGAUGUUGAUGCACUUAAGAUGCCUAAAUCUAGCGGGCAGAUGGAAUUUCAGAUCAAAGACAAUGAGAUGGAACCUGAAACAGAUCGACCAGAAGAAUCUCGACAAUUUCUCAUGAAGGGCGGUUUAGGAUUAACUGAGCCACCAAAGGAUGAGGAUUGGGAGAACGCCAAAGUGAUGAACUUGAUGGACAAUGAGUUGUCUGUUUUACCUGAGAAUCCAAGGUGUCCCAAGCUGUCAGCACUGUUCCUUAAAAGAAACUACAAAUUAAAAAUGAUUCCUCCCACAUUUUUUGAUUACAUGCCUGCUCUUGAAAUCCUGAACCUAUCCAGGACUGGUAUAAAGUCCUUACCUGAGUCCAUUAUCAGAUUGUUUAGCCUCAAAAGACUGUUUCUAAAUGAUUGCCAUCGAUUCAUGAGGUUGUCACCCAAAGUUGGAGAACUCAAGCAGCUCGAGGUUCUUGAUCUUGAAGGGACCGAGAUUAUGGACUUACCUCAUGAGAUUAAGAAGUUAACUAAUCUGACUUGCUUUGAAGUUUCAUUUUAUGGAUAUAAGAGUGAUGGUAGGAAAGCCAUGCAAUCAAGUGCCAUGGUUCCUUGUGGAGUUAUUUCUGCCCUAUCUAACUUAGAAGAGUUGAAUAUUGAUGUGAAUCCAGAUGCUGAGCAAUGGGAUGCAUGUGUGGAAGCUAUUGUUGCUGAAAUAUGUAGCUUAAAGAAUUUGAACAUGCUUAAAUUCUAUUUUCCAAGGAUGGAGCUUUUAAGUCGCAUUCAGUGCAAAAUCCCUGCACUGUUGUAUUUCAGAUUUAUUGUUGGCCGUCAUGUCAAGCGCAUUUUAUCUCGAGUCCCUCGUGAUGUUGAGUUUGAACUAGAACGAUGGGAGAGGUGCUUGAAAUACAUAAAUGGCAGGAGUGUCCCUAGAGAUAUUAGGAAGGUACUCCAACAUGCCACGGCAUUUUUCUUGGACAGGCAUGCAACUGUUAAGAAGCUAUCUGAUUUUGGAAUUCAAAAUAUGGAGAAACUAAAAUGCUUAGUUGUGGGGGAAUGUAAUAAGCUUCAAGUGAUUAUAGAUGAAGCAGAUGGUUAUAAAGAAGAUGAUAGCAAUGAAAAUGUAUCUGAAUCAUAUGGUACAGAAAAAUUUGUUCUUGGAUCACUUGAAUACCUGUAUAUAUAUUAUAUGAGGAGUUUAAGGAGCAUCUGGGAGGGGUCAGUACAGCAAAAUUCUUUGUCUCUUCUCAAGUCCUUGACAUUGUGCACGUGUCCCAAGUUGACCACUAUUUUCACACAAGGGUUGCUUAAUAACCUAUGCAAAUUAGAAGAGCUUAAUGUUGAAGACUGUGCCUCCAUCAACAGCAUAGUAUGUUUUGACAUUGCUGUUGAGCACAAAACCACUUCUUUUCUCCCAAAUUUGAAAAAGAUUUCACUUCAUGACAUGCCUGGACUAGUUAGCAUCUUUGGUGGUUUACACAUUGCACCAAAGUUAGAAUGGUUGAGUUUUUAUAAAUGCCCAAAUCUUAAGAAUCCAUUAAUUGAUGAAGUAUCUACUCAGAAUUUGAAGAGGAUAAAGGGUUUGAAGAGUUGGUGGGAUGCAUUGGAGUGGAUCAAUGGUCGUCCGGGUUAUUUGGAUAAAAUUUUUGUUCCAAUCAACAUAUGGGAUUGCUGAGCACUUGAAAUGUUCCCUAAUGAAAAUUAGUCUGUGUAUUGCCUUAUGCAAGCUCGUUGAUUCAAUGUCAAUUAUAGUGUAUAAUUGUAAGCUGAGGCUUCCUUGGACCACUCUCUGUUUGCUAUGUUAUACUCUUGUAGCAGUUAUGGGGAUGAGACCCUACUUACACUGAAUGUAGUCCCUCUAGCCCAAUUUAUCCUACUCAUGCUAUUUGUAAAA